GGCCUGUUAGUCGCGUGCCGCCGCGGGGACAUUGUAGACGAUACGCCGUCUCGUGGCCGACCGCCCGCUGCCGACGCCGUCGACGACGACGACGACGAGACGACAGAGAUCGUCACUUUAUCGCGCGAGUUCACGAGGCGCGCAUGUUGUUGUAACCGUCCGCAGCAAACGUUAUCAAUUUUUUUUUAAUUUUUUUUUUUUUUUUUUUUUUAUUUGGUCCGCGGACUGCGAUGCGACGAUGAAUAGUAAUAAGCCACGUGGACGCCGCGCACCGCCGAUGUGGUGCAAGGCGUUCUUCGUCACAGUCGGAUUGCUCUGCGAGUUGGCACUGUCGGCCUCGCCACCAGUGAUUGUGGGUGAUCCAGAGUUUACGGAACCCAUAGUGAACGUGACAGUACCUGCAGGACGUAGUGUAAAGCUAGGAUGCUCCGUCAGAAAUCUGGGAUCAUACAAGGUAGCUUGGAUGCACUUUGAACAGUCUGCCAUAUUGACCGUGAAUAGCCACGUGAUUACUAGAAACCCAAGAAUAACUGUAUCCCACGAUAAGCACCGUACAUGGUUUUUGCAUAUUAAUAAUGUGCAGCAAGAAGAUCGAGGUCGUUAUAUGUGUCAAAUAAAUACGAUCACUGCUAAAACCCAAAUCGGAUUUCUAAAUGUUGUCGUACCACCAUCGAUUUCUGACUCGUUGAGUAGUUCAGACGCAAUAGUUCGAGAAGGGGCGAACGUGUCGUUGACGUGUCACGUAGAUGGUUAUCCAAAACCAGAUAUCAAAUGGAAACGCGACGAUGGUUUGGCAAUCAACAUCAAUAAAACUUUGAACGUGACCGAAUGGGAAGAGCCCACUUUGGAACUCCAUCGGAUCAGUCGGCUGGACAUGGGUGCCUACUUGUGCAUCGCCACAAAUUCUGUACCUCCGUCGGUCAGCAAACGGAUAAAAGUCAGCGUAGACUUCCCGCCGAUGCUGUGGAUACCUCAUCAGCUGGUCGGCGUGCCGCUGGGCUACAACGUGACGCUGGAGUGUUACACCGAGGCGCACCCCACGUCCCUUCACUACUGGACCCGGGACAGCGGGCAGAUGUUGCACGACAACAACAAGUACAAGGCGAUGUCCAUACAGGGCGUGCCUUCGUACAAAGUGCAAAUGAAGCUGACCAUCGUGGACGUGUCGCAGACCGACUACGGCGUGUACAAGUGCGUGGCGAAAAACUCGCGCGGCGAGACCGACGGCACGAUUCGGCUGUACACUUCACACCCACCCACUCUGGCACCAGAACUUCAGAGCACGGAGAAUCCCUCCCCUUCUGGCAUCCCAGCUUUAGGUCCACAAUGGACGACCGAUGGGAGUAACGAUUUAGAAAACGGUACGUCGAACAACACAAACGGAAAAGGAGGGAAAAAAGACGAUGAUUCCACUUUGAACGAGAUCACUCGGUCUGGGCAAACGUACAACAAACCCAACAGACCAGGCAUUAUAAAAAAUUCGACGCCAAGACUGAUUCCGACCAUAACUGUGCUGGUCUUGACGGCCGCUGUCCGACUAUUGUCCAAGCGACAAGAGCUGUUGAUAUAAAUGGUAUUCACACUUUUUUGAAAUAUCAAAAUGAUAAAACGUAAAAAAAAAAUAAUAAAACUAAAUUAUCCAAACAUAUAACAAAAAAUAUAAUUAAUAAGCUCAACUUCCUCGCCCAUUUUAUCCUUAUCCACCACAUAUUAUGAUUAUUAUAUUAUAACAUGUAAUACCUCCCCCACGUGGACAACCCUUCACAAUCGUUCCAAACUGUUUACCAGACACCGCUAUACAUCCAAUCUGAUGGAGUAAACAAGGAUUAUCCUUUUUUCCAUCACACCCCGAAACGAACUUUACCUCAUGAGGAUCGACGCCACUCACGAUCUGCAGUCAUAGCCCUGACGCAUCUGCAGUUACCCAUCAUGGAAUCACGAAUCACGUAUUUUUUCAUAUAAUUAUUGCUAUUAUUACAUAUUAUUAUUAUUAUUAUUUGUAUUUAUAUUAUAUUAUAUGAUCAUCACAAUAUUGUAUAUUUGGCGAUUUUUAAGCCAUUUUUACGUAGGUCCACUGGUACGAUAAGAUCGAUUGAACCGACACUGUAACAAAAUCGUUGUCGCGUAUUUAUUAUACUGUAAUAUAAUAUUAGUGCCUCGCACUCGACUUUUAAAGUUAUGUACGUAGAGAAUUAAAUGAAAGAUAGACAGCGAGACGGAGUGAAGAUGAAUGAGGGUGGGUGAAAAUGUGGGAAAUGAUGUUAAAAAAUAAUAUAUUUGAAAUAGAUGUAUGUACGUUAGUUGAUUUAGACGAUUUUGUUGUUUUGUACAUACGCGUUUAAUUUAAUGAGACUACACGCUGAGUAAAUAAAAAUAAAAAAUUACAUUUUCAAUGAUUCUGAUAUGUUAUGAUAUUAUAUUCAUCUUUAAAAAUGUCGAGGGUUAUAAUUUGUAUUUUUUUUUUUUUUUUUAAUGUAAUUUAUAUAGUAUAAUAUAGUACCUAUAUAUGUACCUCGAGAAUUUUUUUCCCAAUACAAUUAUUUUUAUCAUAAUAAUUAUUGUUCCCAUUUUUUUAGAGACCAUUUUUAUUUGUUAUUAGUCUUUUCUGGUUUUGUUAAGUUUUUUUAUAUUAUUGUAAAAUGUACUAUGAUUAUUAUUAUUAUUAUUAAAAAAAUGUGUUGAUUAUUUUGUAA